ACCAGGUCCAGCUAAAAUUGGUCUGUUUUUAAUCUGGUCUUACAGUAAUUCCGUCAAAUAAUAGAUCCAGUUCAUUUACAUUUCUUGUUGCGAACUGUUUGGAUUUGGUUUAAUUAUCUCACCAUGUGCUUUCUGUUUGCCCAGGUUUUUCUGUUUCUUUAUUCUCCCUGUUUAUCUUCAAGCAGCCAGUGGCCCAUAGAAACAUGGCCAACAGUAUGGGCCCCUUACACCCAUACUGGCCCAGGCACCUGAAGCUGGACAACUUUGUGCCUAAUGACCUCCCAACCUGUCAUAUCCUGGUUUGCCUAUUCUCUGUCUCUGGCGUCCUAAUGGUGAUCACGUGGCUGUUGUCCAGUCGAGCUUCUGUUGUCCCGCUUGGAAUUUGGCGUCGACUGGCCCUGUGCUGGUUUGCCGUGUGUACAUUCAUUCACCUUGUGAUUGAGGGUUGGUUCUCUUUGUACCAUGACAUCCUACUUGAAGACCAAGCCUUCUUAUCCCAACUUUGGAAAGAGUAUUCCAAGGGAGACAGUCGAUACAUCCUUAAUGAUGGCUUCAUCGUCUCUAUGGAGACUAUCACAGCUUUUCUCUGGGGACCACUCAGCCUGUGGGUAGUGAUUGCUUUUCUCCGCCAGAAACCGUUCCGCUUUAUCCUACAGCUGGUGGUCUCUGUGGGCCAGAUAUACGGGGAUGUGCUGUACUUCCUGACAGAGCAUCGGGAUGGAUUCCAGCAUGGGGAGCUAGGCCACCCCCUUCAUUUCUGGUUUUACUUUGUUGUCAUGAAUGGCAUAUGGCUGGUGGUACCUGCAAUUCUAGUGCUUGAUUCCAUAAAGCAUCUCACUUAUGCCCAGAGCAUGUUGGACAGCAAGGUCAUGAAAACUAAGAGCAAGCAUAACUAGAGAGCACUAGAGUGGGCCCAUACACUGAGGAUGAGGCACCCUGCCCAUAUUCCAGAAGAUUUAAGUCCUCCUCCCACAGGUUGGAGGGUCACAACUAUCUGAUGUGUCACACUCAGGCUGAUGAGUGGGCACAAAAAGGACCACUAAGGAAAAGUAGGGAAUGUAUAGAGUCAUUGGGGAAAAAUAAAAGA